ACAGACCGAGGGGAGGGGGAAGGGAGGGGGGUGAAACAACACAGACAAACAGUGAGAGAGAGAGAGGAAGAGAGAGAGAGGGAGGGUGGAAGAAAAAGAGAAGAAGAAGAAGAAGAGGAGUCGUUUGUCCGUCAUGUGAAAGUGAAACUGCUGCAGGUUUUUGUUUGUUUGUUGUUUCCUCGUUCGGUUGUUGGUCGUCGUGUUUGGACAGAAACUCAGGAUGAGUGAAGCUCAGUUCAUCAACGUCUACGACAACGACCUGCACCUGAAUUUGAUGACGUAUGACUACAUUCCUCCAGUGGACAUAAAGACUGAACCUUACAUACCUGAGACAGCUCAUGGUCCUUACAUUCAGAUCAUCGAAGAGCCAAAACAGAGGGGCUUUCGUUUCCGUUAUGAGUGCGAGGGUCCGUCCCACGGCGGCCUGCCAGGAGCCUCGAGUGAGAAGAACAGGAGAACCUACCCGACCGUGAAGAUCAAUAACUACAUGGGUCACGUGCGGGUGGAGGUCCAGCUGGUGACCCACACCGACCCCCCCCGGGUCCACGCUCACAGUCUGGUGGGACGUCACUGCACCGACAAGGGCACCUGCACCGUGGACGUCGGCCCUAGCGACCUCACCGCCUCGUUCAGUAAUCUGGGAAUCCUCCACGUCACCAAGAAAGGUGUCGCCGAGAUUCUGUGCAAGAGGCUGAGAGACGAGAGGAAGAGACAGAAAGGACCACACAGCACCCUGACAGACGCGGAGGAGAGUGCGUGUGUGAAGGAGGCCAAGGAGCUGGGGAAGGUGAUGGACCUGAACAUCGUGAGGUUAAAGUUCACCGCCUACCUGCAGGACAGCAACGGCUCCUUCUCCAGAGCGCUGAAGCCCGUCGUGUCCAACCCCAUCUACGACAGCAAGUCUCCGAACGCCUCCAACCUGAAGAUCUCUCGGAUGGACAAGACGUGCGGCUCGGUGCUCGGAGGAGACGAGAUCUUCCUGCUCUGUGACAAAGUGCAGAAAGAUGAUAUCGAGAUCCGUUUUUAUGAGGAGGAUGACGAGGGAGGCUGGGAGGCGUUCGGUGACUUCUCACCUACCGAUGUUCACAAACAGUACGCCAUCGUGUUCAAGACGCCGCCCUAUCACAGCACGGAGAUCGAGCGGCCCGUCACCGUCUUCCUGCAGCUGAGGAGGAAGAAGGCCGGCGACAGCAGCGACCCCAAACAGUUCACCUACAUCCCACAGGUCCAAGACAAAGAGGAGGUGCUGAGGAAGAAGCAGAAGCCACUGCCUCAUUAUGAGCCCUGGAGAGGAGGAGGAGGACGAGGAGGAGGAGCCGGGGGUUUCGGAGGAGGAGCCGGAGGAGGAGGAGGAGGAGGUUUCCAGUUCAACCAGCAGAUGAACGGAGCAGCUGGAGGAGGAACAGGAGUUUUCUUCACUGGAGGUUUCACAGGCUUCGGCGGAGGGGGAGGGGCUCAGAUGUCAGGCUCCGCCCCUCAAAGAGGUGUUACCCAGCAACAAAGUGAUGGACAGACUGGAGGACAGACUGGGUCACCGCUACAACAGCAACUGUUUCAGAUCGCGACCGCUCUCCACAGCAGAGCCUCUCAGAGCGCCCGACAGACGGCGGCUGCCCUGCUGCAGUACUGCAGCACCGGGGACGCCCGCGUCCUCCUGGCCAUCCAGCGACACCUGUGUGGCGUCCAGGACGGCAACGGAGACACUCCUUUGCACCUGGCUGUCAUCCAUCAACAGACAGGUGUGAUCCAGCAGCUGAUCCACACUCUGCUCAGCAGCCAGCAGAUAAACAUGCUCAACACAGCCAACCACCUGCGACAGACUCCUCUCCACCUGGCCGUGAUCACCCGACAGGUGAAGGUGGUGGAGGCGCUGCUGAGGGCGGGGGCCGACCCCAGCCUGGUGGACAAAGAUGGCCGCAGCCCCCUCCACCUGGCGGCGCUGGCUGGAGAUAACACCACACUCCGCCCCCUGCUGGCUCACCUGGGAGAACGCCACGCCCACCUGGUCAACACCCCUGACUACCAUGGUCUUCACCCUCUCCACCUGGCCGUGAGGAGGGACGGUGAGCGCUGCCUCCGCCUACUGGUGGAGGGCGGAGCCAAGAUCAACGCACCUGAGCAGAAGAGUGGACACACCUCUCUCCACCUGGCCAUCAGAGAAAACCUGUUCAAGGUGGCGUGCACGCUGAUCACAGAGUUGAAGGCCGACGUCAACGCCUGCACGUUUGGAGGAAACACUCCGCUUCACCUGGCAGCAAGUCUGGGUUCACCGACCCUCUGUUCCAUGCUCAUCGCUGCAGGUGCUGAUAAGAAUGUGGAGAACGACGAGCCGCUCUUCUUCAGCUACUCAUCAGAAGAAGAAAAAGACGAUGACGAACCAAUCAGAGAGGAGGUCAAAGAGCCAGAAGCCACUGCCUCUCAGCCAAUCAACCCUCGCAAGAGAUCGGCAGGACACACCCCUCUGGACCUCGCUAAAUGCCAAAAGGUGAGGAACCUGUUAAACUCCAGACAGAGUCCGAAGUCGAGUCGUCACUGCAGUAAGAGGAUCAAACCUAGCAGCAGUGAAGAGGUGGGGGGUUCAGGUCUGGACGAGGACACACUGUCCCGGCUGGUGGAGGUGCUGAGUGUCGGGGACGUUCCCUGGAGGAAACUGGCGGAGAAAUUGGGGAUGAUGACGCUGACUCACCUGUACCAGGACAGUCCAACGCCCUGCCACCACCUGCUGCAGCACUACAAGCUGGGUGGGGGUCCGGUUGAAGGUCUGGUUGAAGCUCUUCAGUCCCUUGGUCUGUCAGAAGGAGUCCGCCUGCUGAGACACACAGAGCUCCGAGACGACAAACACAACACAGACGCCACGGUCGACAGCGGCUUCGGCAGCCAGCCAAUGGAAGAAGAGGAGUCGCCUGUGGUGAAUCAGUGACGAGGAAGAAGUGACAUCAUCCAACAGCUUCAUCAACAUCAUCUUGUCAUCCAGGAACCAGGAUUCUGCAGAACCGGACUUUACUGAGACUCAGAGACUGAGACGGUUCGUUCAGAGCAGAGCGACUCUGCAGGAGACGACGCUGCGAUUCACAGAGAUGAGGAAAAGGUUUCGGGUAUUUUCAAACAUGUCACAGGUUUUCAAACAUUACUGGAAAUAAAAAUUAAAAAAGGCCUUUAACGUUUUAAAAAAUGAACUUUGUUUUAAACAAAAAUACAAACAGCAGAUUAAAAUGAUUUAUUUCACAAUAAGAGUGUAUCAUAGACAUAAAAGUGUUUUUUUCUUAUUUCAUAAAAUUUGUCCGUUUUCUAUUUUCAGCUUCUUUACAUUUGUCAUUAAUUUAUAUUUUGUUUUUCUUGUAAUUAUUUUGGUCUAUUUCUGUGGGUUGUGUGAGGUCUGACAGACGGUCUGGAGUCCUUAAGUUUCACCUUGAAAGUCCUUGAAUUUUCCUCCAGCACAAACUUUCAACAUAAACGCGCUGCAGAGGUUUUUUCUGUCGAAUGUUUAGAGGAUGAACAUCAGUAAAUCUAUGUUGUGUUUACAGAGUGUGUGUGUGUUGCCCUGUUAACGUGAAUAGCUGAUCUGCUUUUUCACCUCUAUGAAAACUGGAAUUUCCUAUUUUCUGUCCUCUCUGGAACACAGCACGUCUCACUCGUUACAGCCUGAUCUAUGAUGUCAUCACCUGUCAUCACCUGCUCGUCUGUUCAUCAGUGUCUGAAGCGUCUUUCAGCUUUUCAUUCAGUCAAAUGAGACAUUUUAUGGAAACUCAUUCAUGUCAAUAAAAUACUGUUAAAUGUUAUGACAAAAAUAAAAAAUAUUCAUUGUA